AUGAAUCAUUCCGCUGGAACGCCCGCGCCGCGCCCAUCUCCAGAGGCCAUAUACGAGCGGCUCAAUGAUUACUUCCCCACACACGAUCUCGACAACGCUGGCGUCGGGACACUCGCUAACAGCGCGGACUUCACGUCCGCUGCGGCGCCAGUAUCCGGUGUAAGACCCGUCUUCCGGUGGGUCCGAGGUGAGCUUAUCGGGAAAGGCACCAGCGGCAGGGUAUACCUCGCUCUCAACUCUACCACCGGGGAGAUGAUUGCGGCCAAGCAGAUUGAGAUCGCGCGCACGGGGGCCUCACGCGGGGGUGACGCCCGGCCGACGGGGGCGAGCAUAGACUUGUACCACCCCAACUUGGUGCAGUAUCUCGGAUUCGAAGAGACCCCUACGCUGCUGAGCAUCUUCAUGGAGUACGUUCCCGGUGGCUCUAUCGCGACCUGUCUGCGCAAGUACGGCCCGUUUAACGAAGACGUCACGAGGUCGUUCACUAGCCAGAUUCUGAGCGGGCUGGAAUACCUCCACUCGCAGGGGUUCUUGCAUCGAUAUCUCAAAGGCGACAACGUCCUCGUCGAAACCGACGGCACGUGUAAACUCUCCGACUUCGACCUCCACAAACGCGCCGACAACGUCCCUUCGGCCGACCCAGCCACGACGAUGCAUGGUGCCCUGUUCUGGAUGGCCCCAGAGGUCGUGAACGCGACAGCCAAAUACUCCUCGAACAUCGACAUCUGGAGCGCCGGCUGCGUCGCGCACGAGAUGUGGACAGCCCAGUGGCCAUGGUUCGGUCAAGAAGCACUGCAAGUCCUGAUACACCUUCAGACGAAGCAGGCCCCGCCGCUGCCGGAGGGCGUCGAGCUCUCGAUGCUCGCGGAUGAUUUUCGGAAACACUGCUUCACUCCUGACCCGGACGACCGCCCGUCGGCCGCUGAGCUGCGGGAACAUCCCUAUCUCCAACUUCCGGUGGGUUGGACGUUCACUAGCUUCAAGUGA